UUUCCCGGCGCGUGCACUGAAGAGAAAGGAAAGAGAGGACAGCCGAAAGAGCAAGCAAACAAGCAAGCAAGGAAGCAAGCGAGCGAGUGAGGAAGCAAGCGAAACGAUGCCCGUUCAACCAGUGCAGGUGGCUGUCGCUGCUGCAGCCUUGGCUGGCAAGAGCGCCAAGGAUGCCGGCAAGCUACGCGCUGCAUAUGCUGCUGUCGAUCGCCACGUCAAGGACAAACAAGUGAUUGGCAUUGGAAGCGGAUCAACCAUUGUCUUUGCUGUGGAUCGGCUGGCAGAGCGCGUGCGCGAGGAGAACCUGACUGUACAGUGCGUCCCCACAUCGUUUCAAGCCAUCCAAUUGAUCCGCCAGCACAACUUGCCCCUCUCCGAUCUCUCCGCUACUCCAAAGAUUGACGUCGCCAUCGAUGGCGCCGACGAAAUGACCCCGGAUCUCGCCUGCAUCAAGGGUGGCGGCGGCUGUCUGGUGCAGGAGAAGAUUGUGGCAUACAACAGCGAUACAUUUGUCCUCAUCGCCGACGGUUCCAAGGAAUCUGAUGCACUCGGCACCAAGUGGACACGUGGCGUGCCCAUUGAAGUCAUUCCCAUGGCCUACGUUCCAAUCCAGAAGCAGCUGGAAGGGAUGGGAGCAACCGCCAAACUGCGCAUGGCGACAAGCAAGGCCGGGCCCUGCGUCACAGACAACGGCAACUUCAUCAUUGACGCCCACUUUGGCGCACUGCAAGGGGACUCGCUUGCCCCAGCUGCCCUUGAAAAGACGCUGUGCAUGAUCCCCGGCGUUGUUGACUGCGGCCUGUUUGUUGGCAUGGCCAAGGAGGCCUUCAUUGGGCGCGAAGAUGGCACCGUCAUGCACUACACGCGCGACUGAGCUGCCUCGUCAACGUUCACAACGCAUUUGCUGGUUGUGUGUGAGUUGAUAUGAUCACGCAUCAGCCGUGGAAACUGUUGGUGGUGGUGCGCGGGGGAUGUGAGUUGGCCAACAACCAGCGUGCACGCAGAUCCCGCUCCGCCUCCCCCCUUUUCUUUGUGCUUGCGUCCUGGCAUGUGUUUUGUUGCUUCCUUGCUUGCUUGUCUGUUGGCCGGUUACAUCCAUCCUCUUGGCCUGCCUCUUCCAAUGUUGCACUUGUUGCGCGGUUCUUGCUCGAUCUGUGACUGCUCUUGGUGUUGCUGUGCUCUUGUGCUCCCUCUCACGCCGCCUCCGUGGCGAAAUAAACGCUCACACCUGCUA